AGGAUGUAGGUAAGAGAGGAAUCUCCGUAAAACAUGUAAUCACGAAGGAACAAGGGACCCAUCCCUUUUGUUUAAUUACGCUAAUUUCUCCACUUUUCCCCUCUUUAUAAACUCCUCCAUUUCCCUCUCUUUUCUUCACAAACACAAAUUCUCUGUUUUCCCCUCUGUUCUCCUCAUAAAACACAAAGUUACUAAUUUAACUAAACAAACCAACAAACAAAGAUGGGUACUUCCUCUCUUUCUUUACUAUUUCUCCUGUCUUUUCUUCUUCUUCUCCCGUCCCUCUUUGCCUCCUCUAAUCCUCAACAAGUUGUUGAUGAAGUACAUAGGAGCAUAAAUGGUUCAAGGAGGAAUUUGGGCUAUCUUUCAUGUGGUACUGGAAACCCAAUCGACGAUUGCUGGCGUUGUGAUCCCAACUGGGAGAAAAACCGCCAGCGAUUAGCUGACUGCGCCAUUGGAUUUGGGAAGAACGCCAUUGGUGGCCGGGAUGGUAAAAUUUACGUGGUCACUGACUCAGGUGACGAUGAUCCCGUCACCCCAAAGCCGGGGACACUCCGGCACGCGGUGAUUCAGACUGAGCCCUUGUGGAUUAUAUUCGCAAGGGACAUGGUCAUACAAUUGAAAGAAGAACUAAUUAUGAACUCGUUCAAAACAAUUGAUGGAAGGGGUGCUAGCGUACACAUUGCAGGUGGUCCAUGUAUAACUAUACAGUACGUCACGAAUAUAAUUAUACAUGGUAUUCAUAUACACGAUUGUAAGCAAGGUGGGAACGCUAUGGUGCGGAGCAGUCCAUCGCAUUACGGGUGGAGGACAAUUUCUGAUGGUGAUGGUGUCUCGAUAUUUGGUGGAAGCCAUGUUUGGGUGGACCAUUGUUCUUUAUCUAGCUGUAAGGAUGGCUUGAUUGACGCAAUUAUGGGGUCUACUGCAAUUACCAUUUCAAAUAAUUACAUGACUCACCAUGAUAAAGUCAUGCUUCUGGGACACAGUGAUUCCUAUACUCAAGACAAGAACAUGCAAAUCACCAUUGCUUUUAACCACUUUGGGGAAGGCCUUGUCCAAAGAAUGCCAAGAUGUAGACAUGGUUACUUCCAUGUGGUGAACAAUGACUACACACACUGGGAAAUGUAUGCCAUUGGUGGAAGUGCUGAUCCCACCAUCAAUAGUCAAGGGAACAGAUUUCUUGCCCCUGAUAUCAGGUUCAGCAAAGAGGUUACGAAACACGAGGAUGCGCCGGAGAGUGAAUGGAAGAAUUGGAAUUGGAGGACAGAAGGGGACCUAAUGUUAAAUGGUGCAUAUUUCACACAAUCAGGAGCUGGAGCUAAAUCAUCAAGUUAUGCUAAAGCUUCAAGUUUAAGUGCAAGGCCUUCUUCAUUAGUAGGCAACCUUGUGUCUGGUUCGGGUGCACUCAGCUGCCGAAAGGGUUCUCGUUGCUGAUUAUUAUUUCCUUAAAAAAGGACAUUAAAAAAGGGAAUUAAUUAGUUAUUUAAUUUGAAAUUAUUCUACUAAAGUUCAGUUUGGAAAAAAAAAAAAAGACCAUGUGGUGAGGGUGAAAAAGAAAGUGACAAAAAGUGUAGGGUUGUGCUUUUAUUGUCUUUUUCAUUCCAUUCAAAUAUUUUUUUUCCUUAUUUUUACUUUUAAGUUUUUUUGACUAGAUUGUCAAAUACAACCUCGACCUGCUAUCCUCAGCCUUUGGGACUUUCGGUUCUGUUGGCUUUAGAGAAAGGCAAGUUAAGAAGUGUUGAUAUAUAUAUAUAUAUACACAUCAAUAUAUAUGUAUUGAUUUUUGAAUUUCAA